GUACUCGCUCGACUGCAUACCCUUCCGAGCCUGAAAAAUCGGAAAUAUACCAUCCAUACCAAUCGCUUUUUGGUGGUGUGAUGUUUUAUGACGAUGAACCAUGGCCUCCGAGGGUAAGUCAAUCGGCAAACAAACAGAGUGCAAAUUGAUGCUGCAUUUCCAGCAUAUCCCUCUUCCCAAGGUCACCAUCUCCGCCUUCACUGAGACGGGUCAACCAGAAUCAUCGAUCAUAGUUCCAAAGCAACGGGCAUACACCAGUAGAAAGCCUGUGAUAUCAUCCCGCCUUGCUGACACUCCCUGCGCUACCCUCGGCAUUUGGGGCCUCUUGGAUCUACUCAACAUGACACUCGGGACGUCUCACACCCUGGACACCCCAUCCCUCUCCCCCCUUCUUGAAGACUGCAUCACGAACAACUAUGACUUUGGUAUGGCAUAUGGCCGCCUCCGGCCAAUAUGGUACACCCGUGACUGGAGCACUAUCCGAGACCUACUUCGCAGACAAGAAGAGGAGGACCAGGAGAUGCGACGAGAAGCGUACAGUGGUAACCGAAUUGUGCAUCCACACCUGCAACCCCGACGCGUUUGGGAUCUGUAUAGUAAUCGGGUGGUGCCAUGGUGGAGUACGGGCAUCCCCGUUUACGAAAGGGACCACUGGCCUCGGCCGAUAUCGCACGCGUGGAUAGAUGGGAAGGAUCGGGUCGAUGUGUGGACACCCAUCAAUGGAUAUGGGUGGCCUGUUCCCAUCCCGAAAGACACCAACCUCAAACUUAUCCGUAUUGAGAUGCUCAAUCUGGAAGUGGAGUAUACGUGGUUAGAUGUUCUCUGUUUGAGACAGGUGGGUGGAUGGGGGGAGUAUAUGCGCACGGAAGAGUGGAAGCUGGAUGUGCCCACCAUCGGAGCAGUGUAUGAUCAGAGAAAGGUGGUGUGUUACUUGAGUGGGCUGGGUCGGCCUUUGACUUUGAAAGAGGGCGACUUGGAUAGUGAUCGGUCGUGGUUUAGACGUGCUUGGACACUGCAAGAGGUUGGCGGUAGCAGGGUGAUUGCCGGGGACAUGCCAGAUAGACCACUGCAUGCCAAACCAGUGGAUGAGGGUGGAAACUAUGAGACUGGGCUGCUAACUAGGUUUCACAAGCAGCUGAAGUCUAUCGAUGGCAUGUCGUACCUGGUGUUUGCAGCACUGAAGGGCAUGCAGAAUCGGGUGUCGACAACCUCAGUGGACAAAGUCGCCGGGCUGGCAUUUUUUCUGGGGUCCAAGAUGCUACCGGUAUACCAUGAGGGUCAAUCUCUCGAGCAGGCAUGGACAGCUCUCGUGAAUUCGAUGGCUGAGUGGCAUCGGGGACCGUUAUUCUUCUGGUAUCCUGAACCGGGAAACUCAGGCAAAAAAUGGAGACCAUCGUGGGACCAAGUUAUGACGAAGCCUCUGCCUGUAGAUCAUGACCCCAUUGUCGGCAUGGGCAUCGAUCGGGAUGAUACGACGGAUGAAGACUGGUGUGACGUAGAGUGCAUUGUAACGGGGUUGGUACGGGGGUUGGCUGUUGUUGAAGGAGUUGAUCGAUACGGAGAGUUGACUGUUCAAGACAAGGAGGGGAUAGAACAUGUGUUCAACUUCACGGCCACCCACAAGUACCCGAUACCUGAAGACGUAUACACACUGGUUCGCACCUUCAGGUUCACCUUGAACUGGGAAUGUCCUUGGGUCAUCGGGCGAAGACUGCCAGGGAAAAGGUUUGAGAAAGUGUCUGUGUUGGAAAUUGCCGAUGAAGAAGGAUGGAGACGGUUAUGCGAUCUGCAUAUUACUAAACAGCAUCGAUAUAUUCUUGUUUGAGCGAGUGCACAUUUUGUGUGGUAACUCUAAAGUACUAUUCUUUAAUAACUCGAGUAGCUAUCGUGCCUAUCUGGGACGGUUAUGAAGGUCGCCGCUCUUACGAGGAUCUUAGGCAGUUGCUAGCGGCAUAAAGGCUGCCAGAUCGGUUUGAAACCCCGAGUUGUACUACGAGGCAUGAACAUAAUUCCGUUCCAUGCUAGCAAGUGGAGAUGGUCACGCUAAAGAUCACUAGUAGU